CUGCCAUUGCGCCUCCUUCUCCCUCAAACAAAGGGCUGCACAUACGCAUACAGCUCGAAGUGUUUGUAAAAUAGAUAAAUGCAUCGUUCUUACCAAUAAAAAACACCUUUCAGCGAACACGAUGUUAGUAACGACAGAUGUAACCGCAAAAAAACACGAAGACGUCCGCGUCCUCGCGUGAUUUCACGUUUGCGGAAGUUGGAGCGGCAUGAGAGGCAGACAGAGCUGUCCGAGGUGCUGACACUAUUUGGGCAACAUGGAUGAACAUCAAGAGUCGUCCUCCUGUUUGACCAACGCCCAGAGCCCCAGCAGCAGCAGCCCUCCCUGUAGCAAACCUGGCAGCGCCCCACAAUGCAACGGGGUCCCAGAGCGACGGACGCUACUGCGGGUGUCUGAGUCCCAUGGACUGCAGUUGCUGGGCGUGCUCAGAUCUCUCAGGGAGCGAAGCAUGCUGUUCGACUUCACCAUUAAGGUCCAGGAUCACACGUUUCCCUGUCAUCGCUGUGUUCUUGCAGCAUGUAGUGAUUUCUUCAGUGCCAUGUUCGAGGUGGAUAUGCGAGAGCGUGAUGAUGGUUCGGUGAUCCUCGCUAACCAGUGUCCAGUGGCGGUGGCUUCUUUCCUGGAUUUUGCCUACUCUGGAGAGGUGCUCAUCACUGACAGCAACGUCGACAUGUUGUUUCAGCUCGCCUCUUUUCUACAGGUGUCAGUCCUGUCCAGGGCCUGCAGUGAUUUCUUAAUACAGACCAUGGAUCUCUGUAACUGCCUGUGUCUCUUGUCCCUGGCGGAGGCGUACGGCUCAACCUCCCUCCUUCAUAGUGCCAAUGAGUUUGUGCUUCAGAAUUUUUCUGACCUUUCCAAAAUCCAGGACUUCUUGGACAUGCAGAUAAAUAUCCUGGAGGCCUGCCUCAGGUCAGACACUCUGAACGUGCCCAGUGAGGAGGCAGUUGUGAUGUCUCUUCUUAGAUGGAUUCGCCACAAUCUCCCUGGAAGACAGAAGCAGUUACCAGGACUGUUGUCCCUAACCCGACUGCACCAUCUCCCUGCACGUGCUCUAAAGACCCUGCGUGAUUCUGACUCUCUCCUCUGUGAUGACGAGUCCUGUCUCACCCUGCUGUCAGAAGCCCAGAGCAGACAGGCUCAAUACGAUGGCCUGCUCACUGACGCCAGACCCGCCACCACACAGAGCUACAUCUACAUCCACAAGACGGAGGAGAAUGGUGAGAUCCGACACACAUUCUGCUACUGUCUGGAAACAGACCAGUGGAAAGAGCUGGGAACAGGACACGGAGAGGAAGCGACCACGAUGCCAGACCCACCAGGCUCUUACCUUACCAGCUAUGCUGAAAAGAUGUUUGUCACUGGUGGUUGUCGGGGUAACUGUUGCCGGGCAAUACGUCUCCAUGUAGCCGAACCGUUCCAUGAUGCCACUGAUGAGGUUUGGUGCUUCUGUCCUGUGACUUUAACCUGCACACCUGCUCCGGCCAUGCUGAAGCCCAGAACCAUGCACACGGCUGUGACCUGCCUCGACCGAGUGUAUGUUAUUGGGGGACGGAGCAAAGGAUCCAGAGGCGGGGCUCCCAGUCUGCUGGAGGUGGAGUAUUACAACCCCCUAAACCAGACCUGGAGCUCUGUCAGCCCGCUGCCCACUGCCAUUUUCUACCCUGAGGCCAGUGCUUGUGGCAGUUUUAUCUAUACGCUGGGAUCCGAGGUGGAAAUCACAGACUCCUUUAACCCCUCACUCGACCGCUUCUUCCGCUAUGAUGCCCAACAGGACCAGUGGAGCCUCCUGGUGGCAGAGUUUGGCCAGUUCUUUCAUGCUACACUAGUUAAGGCUGUGUCAAUUAACAAUACGCUACACCUCUGUGACCUGUCCACUUACAAGGUCUACAGUUUCUGCCCAGAGACUUGUGUGUGGAAGGGUGAAGGCUCAUUUGAAUGUGCUGGGUUUAAUGCUGGAGCAGUGGGCAUGAGAGACAGAAUCUACAUUCUGGGUGGAGACUAUUCACCUGAUGAGAUUACUGAUGAAGUUCAGGUGUACUACAGUGGGAAGAGUCAAUGGGAGGAAGUGGCACCCAUGCCCAGAGCACUCACCGAGUUCCACUGCCAGCUCAUUAGCUUCAACAGAUACAGAGACCCGUGGGCUGACACACAGCAGUGACACACAGACACACAUUAACGCAUGCAGCACACAUGUGAGUGGACGUGAAGCGCACCGUGCAUGAAUCAACUAUCGGCUUUCAAACAUGAGUGCAUGACGGAAGACUAACACGUCAAUCAAGAGAGAGACAAUCAGUUCAACUAACACCACAUCUCCUCUCACAGAACAUCAUAACAUGAGAGCACCUGAGGCGAAUAAUUUAUUUUUUUAUCUAAGGUAAAAUUCAUCCUUAAAGUUGUAUGCGUGAAGGACCUGCUGUUAUAAGACUUUUGUUGUGUCAGUCUAAAUAUGGCCCCUCCCGUGGAGGAACCAUAUUCAACAGAAUACUAUUUUAGAAAUCCUAUUUUAGUACCUUUUCUUUCUAAUUAAUAUGCUUAAUAUAGAGAAUCCACUCAAAAAAAAGCAUGUGCUAUAACUUUUUCAGCCCUCCUACUGCUAAAAAAAAAAAUCAAAACUUGCUUAUGUAACAAUUUUGACCUUUACUUUUCAGAAAUUUUGGAGUUUUGCAGCCUUCUGGCAGCCGUACACAAAGAUGCUAAAACACAAACAGUGUAUACAGUGGUCAUUUAGUUUGGUCUUUCUACUAAAAUUACUUUUAUUUCAUAGUUUUUUUUUGUUUUUGUUUUUAAAAAACAAUCUGUGGUAUUUUCAGAAAACUGUCUCAAUUGUUUGUUUUUUUGACAAAUCAUUUCUUCCAAGCUGAAGGAGAGCUAUUCAUUUGUAGUGCAGCCACUAUUUAAAACUGAGCUACAAAAAAUACUCGAGCCAGUACUCACAUUAAACAGCUUGCCUUUAUUCUCUUACUACAGUGUCAUGUUUCCAUGCAUGCCCUGCCUCUCCUCUCAUGGUGUACACAAUCCAACAUUUGGUUAAUGAAAAUGCGCAGCUUUAUCUGUACGGUAGUUGUUGACUCUGACUCUGUGACAUUCUGUAACUACAACAACAACAUCAAGAGUUAGAAACCACAAGGAGAAUAAUCUGGGCUUUGCGGUGUAAAUCAUGAAUGCAUAACAAGUUUGUGUGAUGAGACAGAAACCAAAUCCAAUGACUGAAAGACUGUUUAAUGGCAAGAAGUGAACAUAAACAUGAUGCUUCCUUA